GACAUGAGUGUCACUGUCACCGUCACCGUGUCGCGUGUCACUACAUUUGACAGAAAACAUUUAUUUACAUUUAUUUUUCAAUUAUAAUUUUUAGACCAGAUAAAUAGAGAAGGAACAAACAGGUGAAACAGGUCAAAUAAUAAUAACAGUAUUAAAAUAUGCACACAGACUUAUCUCCCCAUUUGCAUAGCGAAAAUUGCAAUGAGUUAAUUAAACUUCUAAAGCAGUGCCAUAAUGAGCACCCAUUUUUAAGAAUUUUUGGGAUAUGUAAUUCAGAGGAUCAUCAAAUGAUAAAAUGUCUAAAGCAAGAAAGGCUCCAAAGGAGAAAAAGAAAUUUCCAAAAAUCGUUAGAGACCAAAGAAAAAUUGAAAAAUAUGUUUAAAGAUGAUAGACAACAAAAAGAACAGUUGUAAUGUUUUAUUUUUAUAAUGUGUUAUAGUAUUUGUAUAUAGUUUCUUGUACAAUAAAAUAUUUAUUAGAAAA